CGCCCCGUCCAGCCCGCUCUGCCCCGCUCCCGCAGGCCCCCCUCGCUGCCCGCGUUCCUAUGGACAGACGCACAGACACCUGCAGGAAGGACACUGCUGAUCCUGUAACAUGGAGGAUUGCCUUCAUACCUCAUCUGAGAAUCUAUCCAAAUUGGUCAGCUGGGCCCACAGCCAUGGGACCAUUUGCAGCCUCAUUCCAAACCUGAAACAUUUACUUUCAGAAGGUUCCCAUGGGAACCUGACAGCAAUGUGGGGCUGUAGUGCAGGCCAUGCUUAUCACUGGCCACUGACAGCUACUUGCAGAGCUGGCUCCCAAGAAAGGGUCUGUUUCCAGGAUAACAGAAGUUUUAACUCUGAUAGUCCCAGUAUAAUUGGCGUGCCCUCUGAGACUCAAACUAGCCCCGUUGAAAGGUACCCUGGGAGACCAGUGAAAACAAAGCUAGACUGUAAUCGGACCAGAGACUCUUGUGACUUCUCUUAUUGCAGUGAGCCCUCUGAACUGGAUGAAGCUGUUGAAGAGUAUGAAGAUGAAAACACUCUGUUUGACAUGGUUUGUGAGUCUUCUGUUACGGAUGAAGAUAGUGACUUUGAACCCCAACCGCAGAGGCCUCAAAGCAUUGCACGAAAAAGGCCUGGAAUAGUCCCAUCUUCUCUCCAUUCGAGUUCCCAGACUCAAAUGAUUGAUGAAUGCAGCAGUGAUGUCAUCAUUAAGAAGAUCAAACAAGAAAUUCCCGAAGAUUACUAUAUUGUGGCGAAUGCAGAGCUGACUGGAGGUGUAGAUGGACCAGCCCUGUCAUUGACACAGAUGGCAAAACCCAAGUCUCAGACUCAUGCUGGUCCCUCCUUAGGGUCUGCUAAACUGAUUUCCCACGUAACAUCCGCCAUCGGCACAGAGCUGGACCCACAUGGUGUGUCCGCAUCCCCCUCUGUGAUGUCUAGACCAGUCGUCCAGAAGACCACCAGGGUAUCUCUGGCAUCACCUAACAGAGGACCCCCUGGUGCCCAUGGCACCAGCCCGCACGUGGCCAUGCAGAUGCCCGUGAGCACAUCCCAUCCUAACAAACAGAUCAGCAUCCCUCUGUCUGCCCUGCAGCUGCCGGGACAGGAUGAACAAGUUGCUUCCGAAGAGUUCCUGUCCCAUCUGCCCAGCCAGGUCUCCUCCUGUGAGGUGGCCCUUUCUCCCUCAGUUAACACAGAGCCAGAAGUGAGCUCCAGUCAGCAGCAGCCCCCAGUCGCUCCAAGCAUAACCACGGAGGCCACGGCCCAGUGCAUCCCAGACCAGGAUGAAAGAGCAGCUGAGCUCAGCAGGGAGCAGAACGAGAAAACCAUCCGGAGCACGCAGACUGCGCUCCGCAAUUUCCCCUAUUCUACUAAGCUCAACAAAUUUCCUGUAUUUAAUAUUAAUGAUGACUUGAAUGAUCUAUGUACCAGUGCAGUAAGCCCAAAUACGACCAAAGCCACACGGUAUGCCCUGAAUGUGUGGCGAUAUUGGUGCAUGACCAAUGGGCUCAAAGAUCACACAGACAUCACCAAGAUCCCUGCAGUGAAGUUGAACGAGUUGCUCGAGAACUUUUACGUCACCGUAAAGAAGAGUGACGGCUCAGACUUCCUGGCCACGUCGCUCCACGCCAUCCGCCGAGGCCUGGAUCGCAUCCUGAAGAAUGCAGGGGUGGGCUUCUCCAUCACCAGCAGCACCUUCAGCUCGUCCACCAAGAAACUCAAGGAGAAGCUGUGGGUGCUGAGCAAGGCAGGGAUGUCAGGGGCUCGUUCUCGCAAUAUUGUCUACUUCUCCCUCUCGGACGAGGAGGAGAUGUGGCAGGCGGGGUGUCUGGGGGAUGACAGCCCUAUCACGCUCCUGUCCACCGUGGUCAAGUACAACAGCCAGUACCUGAACAUGAGGACGCUCCAGGAGCAUGCUGAUCUGAUGUACGGCGACAUCGAGCUGCUCAAAGACCCGCAGAACCAGUCCUACUUCGCCCGGACAGACAGCGUCAAGCGGGAGAGCCGGAGUGCUUCCGCCCGAGUGUGCCACGGCAAGAUCUACCACGAGCAUUCCAGGGGACACAAGCAGUGUCCUUACUGCCUCCUCUACAAGUACAUGUACGUGCACCGGCCGCCCACCCAGAUGGGGGCCAAGUCCCCCUUCUACCUCACGGCCCGGAAGGAGGGGGCGGGCGCGGGCAGGGUGUGGUACGAGGAGCAGAGGAUGGGCCUGCGGUCUCUGCGGGGCGUGGUCCCGAACUUGGCCAAGAAGGUCAAGCUGGAGAACUGCGAGAACUUCACCUUCGUCUCCUUCACGCAGGUGUCCAGGAGGCUCAGCUCCCACGGCUGCUGCCAGUGAGCGUCCCCUGCAGCCGGGGCCAGAGCUCCGAGGAGGCCGGGGCGACCGUGACUUCGUGGUCAGGGUGUGGGACUUCCUGUUUCUUUUGACCUCGGAUUUGUUUUUUUAACUGAAAGUAGACAAGUGAAGAUUUAGAAUGUUUUAUCCAGAUGUGUGUCACCUCUGUUAAAUUAUAGAAUCUAAUACAAUGUAUAAAUGACUACAUACACAAGAGCGAGGAAGUUCAUUUUAUCUAGUGCCUUUUUAGCACAGAUUUUCUCAAAAAAAGAAAAAAAAAAACUGUUUCAGUAGUCAUUAAAAAAAAAAAUCCCAGUAGCCUAGUAGCUUUAGAAUGUUUUGAAGACUCUAAACACUUUAAUGAAUUACAGUGAGGAUCUAGGAAGAGAGAGGCAAACAGGUUAACUACUUCCAGGAGAAAACUUGUGCUUGGCACUCCUGUUUAUGUUUUGUUGGUGGAUAACGUGAUCCCGCAGAGCAUGCAGCCUUGCUUGGUGGAAGGUCAUGGAGCUCCACUCAGUCAUGCUGAUGGGAACGCAGGACUGCUGUUAGCCCUGGGAGGAACUUGCUCUCUGCAUCAAUGGAGACAGUUUUAUGAAAAAAGAUUAAUACACCAAACAGUGCUUGGGAGAACAAGAUUUCCAGUGAACUAGGUGGUUCGAGGGAACUUCCUGCAGUGAGAGAAAGUGUCUUGGAGAAGCAAUCUGUGAUCAAAACGUGAAAAACCUCCUGAAGCAGAAGUGCCUACAUUUUCUUUCUCAGCGUGCUGUGAAAGCUCUUUUCGUUUGAACACUGUUUAGAGGUUUUUUUGUUUUGUUUUUUUUUUAAUCUGUUCUUUGUGUUGUGCAGUUCUGUCAGCAUAUAGCACUGGAUCUGUAAAACAACUGAAAGUAAUUUUCAGGCUUAACCGGGAAAAAAAGUCCAACAAAAUAAGCUGCAAAGAAAACAAAUCCCCAAAUGUGUUUAUAUUAAAGAGUUUUGAAAUAUAUUUGUCAAAGUACGACUCUUUCAGCCACAAGAGAUGUCAUCAUUUGAGGUUGGCAGCAAUGCUUGGGACACGGUGAUGGGUCAGCCUACCAGGUAAGCAAACCCAGCAUCAAGGAUAUAGUGGUAAAAAUCAGACCACGGUGAUGGGAUAUGAACACAGUGUGGUCACGUUUCACUCAGGUGAGAUUUAAUCUGACCGUGUGUUAUUCACACAUUAACAGAAAGUUAUAAUAACUGCUCUCAAUUAUAAGUGAAAAAGGAACCCAAAGAGUACUAAUUAAUAAAAAUAACUUCUAGGGAAUCUUUAUUUUGUAUCUGAGGAAAGACUGACUGCCACAACCUUACACCAUUCUGUUCCUGUGUGUGCUAGAAACCCACAAUUAAAAUUCCAGUAUACAUUCA